AGCCUAAUGCUCGCUCGUUCAUAUCCGGGUCCCCGCGCGGUUCCCUGGGGCUCGGCUGGGCUGCCUUUCGCGGCGCACUAGCGCUCCGGACCGGAGGUGGCCGGCUGGGAAGGAGGGGAGCGCACUAUGCCCGCCGCCUGCCCUGCGCCUCCCUCCCGCCGCUGCCCAUGGAGAUCGCGCUGGUGACUUUGGAGAACGGAGGCGCCACGGCCAUCGGGGGAGGGGGCGAGGAUGCUGGCGGCGGCCGGGCGCGGCGGCGGGGGGACCUGCUCCACAUCCCCAACUCAGCCGCGGCACCCGCUUGGCUGAAUGACUGCAGCGGCGCCCCGGAGCAGGAGCAGCCGCGGGCGGGUAGCGGCGGCUGCAGAAGCAGGAGCGACAGCACCGGCAGCACCAGCCGGAGGGUGCCCGCUUCCCGGGGCGCCUCGCCGCCGCCAGCGCCUCCCCAGCCGCCGCGCCCCUACCCUGGAGGGGGCGAGGAGGAGACGAUGGUGCUGCCGGAGGAAGGCGGGCACCGCUUGGGCAUGGCCAUGGCCGCGGCGGCCGAGGAGGAGGAGGAGAGCCAGCGCGCCCUGCACCACCAGCGGGUGCUGAUCAACAUCUCUGGGCUGCGCUUCGAGACGCAGCUGGGCACCCUCAACCAGUUCCCGGACACGCUCCUGGGCGACCCGGACAAGCGCAUGCGGUACUUCGACCCGCUGCGCAACGAGUACUUCUUCGAUCGGAACCGGCCCAGCUUCGACGGGAUCCUCUACUUCUACCAGUCCGGGGGCAAGCUGCGCCGGCCGGUCAACGUCUCCAUCGACGUCUUCGCCGACGAGAUCCGCUUCUAUCAGCUGGGCGAGGAGGCCAUGGAGCGGUUCCGGGAGGACGAGGGCUUCAUCAAGGAGGAGGAGAAGCCCCUGCCCCGCAACGAGUUCCAGCGCCAGGUGUGGCUCAUCUUCGAGUACCCGGAGAGCUCCAGCUCCGCCCGGGGCAUCGCCAUCGUCUCGGUGCUGGUGAUUCUCAUCUCCAUCAUCACUUUCUGCCUGGAGACCCUGCCCGAGUUCCGGGACGAGAGGGAGCUGCAGGCCCCCCUGCCCCCACACAGGGCAGCCCUGAACGGCACCGGCCGGGAGGCCCCCCCGAUGCAGCCCCCCAGCAGCCUGUCCGACCCCUUCUUCAUCAUCGAAACCACCUGUGUGAUUUGGUUCACCUUCGAGCUGCUGGUGCGCUUCUUCGCCUGCCCCAGCAAACCCGAGUUCUCCAGAAACAUCAUGAACAUCAUCGACAUCGUGGCCAUCAUCCCCUACUUCAUCACCCUGGGCACGGAGCUGGCUCAGGAGCAACAGGAACCAGGGGCCCCCAGCACCGCCAGCAACAACAACGGAGGUCAGCAACAAGCCAUGUCCCUGGCCAUCCUCAGGGUCAUCCGCCUGGUCCGAGUCUUCAGGAUCUUCAAGCUCUCCAGACACUCCAAGGGGCUGCAGAUCCUGGGGCAGACUUUGAAAGCCAGCAUGCGGGAGCUGGGGCUCCUCAUCUUCUUCCUUUUCAUCGGGGUGAUCCUCUUCUCCAGCGCCGUGUACUUUGCCGAGGCGGACGACCCAGACUCCCAUUUCUCCAGCAUCCCCGACGCUUUCUGGUGGGCGGUGGUGACUAUGACCACUGUGGGCUAUGGGGACAUGAGGCCUGUCACCGUAGGGGGCAAGAUUGUGGGCUCCUUGUGUGCUAUCGCUGGCGUGCUGACCAUAGCCCUUCCCGUACCUGUCAUCGUGUCCAACUUCAACUACUUCUACCACCGAGGAACUGACAACGAAGAGCAGGCUAUUCUCAAGGAGGAACCCAGCAGCGCUCAGGGCAGUUCACCUGGUGGAGAGCUGAAGAGAAGUCACAGUAAAAACUCUCUGAACAAAUCUGUUGUGCACUUGGAAAACAGUGAGGGGAUCAACAAUGGCACUGGAUCCUUAGAGAAAAGCAAUGUCAAAGCUAAAAGCAACCUAGAUCUUAGAAAAUCCCUCUAUGCGCUCUGUCUGGACACCAGUAGGGAAACAGACCUGUAAGGAAGGGAAUGAAUUUGGGUUCUGAGGUACAGCAGGAUUUGUUGAUGUUGGAAAUUAUAUAUAUAUAUAUAUAUAUAUAUGUAUAUAUAUAUAUAUACAAUUUUUUGUAUCACUUAGACAGUAUUUUAAGUCAGCCUAUAUUUUAUAAUUGAACAGAUCUCCGGGAGUACAUGUUUUUAUGUUCUUUUUUCCAGGACACAAAGGGUCACCUAUUUUUAAAAUAGACUAAGAAUAAGCUACACUCCAUGAUGCAGGAGCUGGUAAAUUAUUACAAUGCAAACUGGUGUUAUCUGUAGACACUUACUUUAGCAAACUGUAAUUUUAAAUGGGUCAUUUGUAACUAAUUCACUUGCUCAAAGUUUAGUAUUAAAAGAUUGGGAGGGGCGUUGUGUAGGGAGGAUGAAUGGAUUUUUUUUGUACUGUAGUUUCAAACUGAAAUUAUUCCAAUAUAUUUUAUAUAUGUGUAAUUGUAUUUAAGAAUGAAUGGGGUAUUUAUUUUCCUGUGAAACAUGACUUCAUUAAAGCACUAGAAACAUUAGCUAAGAAACACUUUCAGAUUUCUCCCUUGUGAUCAGUACAGAUCUGGUUAACUAGUAUGUGAAGUGAAUUUGGUGCUUUUAACCCUAUAGCAGAAAACUUUUGUUGUUGAGAAAAUGUUAGUUUUUUGUGAGCCUUAAAUUAUUAAAUAUUGUAGAUAUAUUUCUUUAUAAGUACUUUUAUUAACAAUCUUACUGUUUCAGAAUUUCUAAUAAUUCAGCCCUGUGCUUUAAAUCCCAGAAAAAAAUUGUGCAGCUUGUUGUUUCUUCGUUUUUCUACCGCUGGUAUAAUUUUUGAGAUUUUUUUAUAGGCUAUUAUCUGCUGUUACUGGUUUUUAUCCAAGUGCACAACAGAUCAAAAACAGUGGGAACUGGGGGAAAAAACUUGAAAGCUAAUCCCAUGUGCAGUAUCUGCAAAGCUUUUUUGAUUUACACUCCAGGUUUCUUUAGCACAUGAAUCAGUCACAUUGCGUACCCAGGUCAUUUGUAUAAAUGGCUUGCUGUUUUUAAUGAUCAUAUUUCAAAAACGGAUGGCACUUAGAGUCUGACAUGGCACAGAGUGCUACUUAAAUAACCACCGUGUGGCUUAUGUCUUGGACUGAGGAGGAAAGAACCAUCUUUCAUCAAAAUGUUUUCUUUUUCUGUUAUUUCGAAGCAAAACUGUCACAAUGUUAUGGAUUUUACAAUUUCAAUCUUCCUGAAUGACAAUGACAGAUCAUCUUCAUUUUGAUGACAUGGCACUGUGCAGCUACCUUAGUGAACAUUGAAAUGACGUUGAUUCGUUACUUCAAAUCAAAGCGCUACAUUAUCAUUUCUGUUGCAAAGAACUUACUGUUUUUUUUGCAUACUUCUGUUGCACUGCUGAAGGAUGUUUCAUGCCUUUACCAUGGCAAGAUUAGCAGGUCAUGGAAGAGAAGCCUUGAUUGUCAACGCUCAAGAGUGACCUGGAGCAGAGACAGUGGUGCUGUUCCUGAGAAGGCUUCUCGGGCCAUAGCAGUCCACAGCACACCCAAUGAGACACAGUACUGGGAUGGAAAUUCCAGUCUGAGGAGGGUAUGAGUCAUGCGUUGGUGAGUGAAAGAAACAGCAGGGGAAAAAUAACGGAACACAAUAUGAUGCUGAAUGUUAAUCUGUUACAUUGCCUUACCCUUGCUUGCAUUACCCAUAACAGAAUAAUAUGUAGUGUGCACUGCAGUGCAUAACGCAGAUCGUUGUAUACUAUUCAGAAAGUAUAUGGUUUAGGAUGGUAGAUUGGUUAUGCCUUAUAUUUCCUGUUUUUAGGGUGCAUUGAAAAUUAUUAAUCACAUUUUUUUUCAAUGAAAAAUGCCUUUUCAAAC